AUUUCCCUGGCUGGUGGUGUCAAAUCUCUCUGCCCCCAUGUUAUCAGUUUAUGGCACCCGGUAGCAGCACAGUAGACAAGUGGUCAGCCAAAUUGAUUCUAUUCAAAAAUUGUUUAUACAUGCAUACGAUAAUCCGCAAUCAUCUAAUGCCCUUUGGCGUCUGCAUAAGGAAUAUGGACAAACUAUCGGAUGUGGCCAGUGUUCUCUUGAAGCACAGCAUUUCUUUCGAACUUUUAAUGAGUGUUUGCAAGAGCCCGCUAGAAAUUCGUAUCGAUCUGCGGUGGGCCAAGCAUGCAUCAUCCGGACUGCAAAAGGCAUCGUCAUGGCAACAGUGAAGCACAAUUUCUGCCACGAAACGAACAAGGAACAACACCGUGAGGAGUUCCAGGUGGCAAGCCUGAAGAGUCCGACCAAUGCUAACGUGAGCAUCAGCAUGGUCCAGCAGCGAUCCUGGGUCUGGGAUUUUGACUCGACACCAAAACCUGAGCCCUUCACGUUCGGUAACGAAAAUGGGCAAGAGGGCUGGAAAUACGGAAUGGAGUUGCAGUUUAUCGACUUGGCAAUCGAAAAUGCUCCGGUUCGGGAAUCCCUGCAGAACAACAUCAGUGCAUUCGAUGUUGUCAGCGCAGAAUUCCUGUUGAAGGAGGGCAUGGAAGUAGGCAUCUUAGCCCACAGUUGCACCGACUUGCUGGCCAAGACCAUGCAGGAGAGUCUUGGAUCUUGCGUCAAAGGUGGUGAAGAUGGCAAUGAAGAGAAAACCGAGCAAGCCUAUGAGCCACAGGUGGGCGAUACUUUCAUCACUGUUGGAGAAAUCGCCUUUGUGGGUGACGAACACGUUGAGUAUCGUGUCAAUAGUGUUCCAGGUUUUUCUGGAGCCCCAGUUUUCCUCUUGGGGGGCGAUGAAGACAAUGAUAUGAAGAUCAUCGCAGUUCACGCUGGGCACUCCGAAGAGCGUGGAACGAACUUUGGCUUCCUUGUUGCAGACAAAGGCAUGAAGAUGCAGAGAGACGCCGGUUCUUCCGUUUAGUGGGCUCGUUAGCAUUUGAACGAUGGGUGUAUCUGGGAACGGUGGAAAGAAGUUUGGCGUUGUUUGAAUUGGUCCGAUGCCAUUGGGUGGAAGUUCAUUGCGACACACAUUUCGUAAGGAGCUGCUGCUAAUUUGUAGAGUAGACUAAACUAACGUGCUGAAGUGAUGAUGUG